AUGCCAGCGCCCAACACGACCUACCAGCUUACAGCCGUGAUAGGAUUCACCCUUCCCCCAAAUCGAAUGGACCAUGACCCCUCGAUUUACAUGACAUGGCAGCCUGGACGAUCCAAGCCCCUAGAGAAAAUCAGAGUUCCCGUGACGGAUCUUCGUCCAGAACUCGAAGGGACCCCGGUAGAGCCAUUGGAGCAGUUGAAGACUAGGGGAUUUGGGAUUAUGAAGCAUGAGAGCAAGUGGUUGAGUGAGAUUCCUAGUGAGAAGGGUACGGAAGCGUAUUUGAAGGAAUGUGAAGGAAUACUGCAAAAUAUUCUAGGAUGCGAUAAAGUGAUAGCUUGGAAUUCAGUUUGUCGAAAGAACGACCCCAAUGAAAAAGAGAAAAAAGUCGAAAAGCAAAAAGAACCUGAAAAAGGUUUUAUUCCGACAGAAAGGGUUCAACCGAUAGCUGGUGUAGCUCAUGUCGACCAGAAUGCUGAAUGGGGAUAUGAGUUAUGUGGUAAAGCUGCUGGGAAAAGUAUGUCAGAAUACAAGAGAUGUCAGAUUAUCAAUAUAUGGAGACCUUUACAUGGACCAGUCACCAACGCCCCUCUAGCGAUGCUCGACCCUAAAACCCUCCUUCCAGAGGACAUAGGCACCCACGCCUCUCAGUAUGGCUUCGGACAUGAUCUCCAUCAUUCCCCAGGUCAGGAGUGGGCUUACAUCCGACAUCAGAUGCCUGACGAGAUCAUCCUUCUGAAAUGCUACGAUUCAGAUCAAGGGAAGAACGGAGAGGUACUUUGGUGUGGUCACGUCGCGGUACAAGUGGAUAACGAUACUGAGGGAAUACCAGAGGAACUGAUUAGGGAGAGGGAAAGCAUCGAAGUCAGGUUGGUAGCUUUGUGGGAAUAG